AUGAGCUCUAUUACAUUUAAGACGCCGCUCACAUCAGAUGAGUCCAAGUUUUUUGUGGAUGAGUUUCGAAAAUUAGAUAAGGAAGAUCUAGGGAUCGUUACAGGUGAGGCUGCCAAACCGCUAUUUGCAGCUUCAAAAUUGUCAGCUCAAAUACUAUCACAGAUUUGGGCACUCGUUGAUAUCAAUAAUAAGGGCUUUUUGAAUCAAGAUGAAUUUAGUGCAGCCUUACGGACGAUGGCCCAUUUGCAGCAAUAUCCUAAUUUGCCAGUGACCGCUGAUUUAUACGCACAACCCUCGCCGAGGCUACUAGUUUUGAAUGGAUCGGUACCACCGUUGGUUCAGACACCCACCGCUAAUUUGUCAACUUCCGCAGCCCAAGCUCCCGGACAGAUUCCAGCUGUUUCUGGUCAGGAUAUUUCCAAGUUCUCUCAAUUAUAUGAAAGAGCUGCAAAUGGAGCUCCGACAUUGGCAGGCGAUAAAGCAAAGGAAAUUUUUUUGAAGGCAAGACUACCAAACCAGGUCCUGGGAAGUGUUUGGGGUUUAUGUGAUAGAAACGCGUCGGGAUCAUUGGAUAAGCCAGAGUUCAUAAUGGCGAUGCAUCUAAUUCAACUGUUGAUGACCAACAAUCCAGCUGUUAAUCCAUUGCCAAGUUCUCUUUCCCCACAAGCUUGGAGCUCCGUAGAGGCGAACAAUAUUGCUGUUCCUGCUACCCCUUUGAGCGCUAACUCCACUGGCAGAUCCUCUUUGGCAAGGCAGGGCACGAUAACACGCUUAUCUUCAGGUGUUUUUACAAAUGCUUCCACCGACUGGUUAUUGACUCCUGAAAAAAAACAACAGUUUGAUGCCUUUUAUGACUCAUUGGACAAGUCCAGAGCAGGUGCCUUAAGUUCUGAGGUUUUGGUACCAUUCUUUCUUUCUUCAAGAUUGAAUCAAGAAACCUUAGCAAGUAUUUGGGACUUAGCCGAUAUCCAUAAUAAUGCGGAAUUCUCUAAGGUCGAGUUCGCUAUAGCAAUGUUCCUGAUUCAGAAAAAAAAUGCGGGAGUUCAACUACCUGAUGUUAUACCUGACCAGCUUUUGCAAUCACCAGCUUUGGGUUUAUACACGCAGCAACAACCUGCUCAUAUUGCUGUUCCUUCCAGAGACACCAAACCGUCUUUCCAAGAAUCUCCGCAACAACAUCCACAGCAACGCCCACAGCAAACUCGCAACAACUCAAACAACGGAUCUUUAAGUGAUUUGUUGGCCUUGAACAGCUCUUUUGCUUCUCCAACUCAACCCCAGCUUCAACAGCGUCAUAGUUCAUUUAGUGGAAAUCAAGAUCUUUCCGUUGGAUCGACUCCCAGUGCACUAGGAAAUCACUCCGCGAUGAGAAGUUACCCCGGACAGCCAGACUGGGGUCAAGACGCUAUUAAGGAAGCUGACGAAGAUUUGGCUUUUCAUCAGCAGCCACCACAACAAAUACCACAGCAAGUACCACAGCAAGUACCACAGCAAGUACCACAGCAAGUACCACAGCAAGUACCACAGCAAGUACCACAGCAAGUACCACAGCAAGCACCACAGCAAGUACCACAACAGGCACCACAGCAAGCUUUACCAGAACAGCAGCAAGCUCAGUCUGUUAUGCAGUCAAACUCUGCUCCUCAGCAGGCACCAAGAACAUCCUCAGUCAAUUUGUCCUCCGUUCCUAACUUUGCUUCACUCAAUAUGCCGAUGGCUGCAGCUUCGGCAGUGGGCGGUCUUGUAGGCGGUGCGAUCGGGUCUGUGACUAGCGGUUUACACAGACAAACCCAGAAUAACAACCAAGAUUUAUUUGCGGAUUCGGAAGCAUCCGCACAACUUUCAUCAGCAACGACUGAAAUGGCAAAUUUAUCUAAUCAAGUAAACUCCUUAUCAAAACAGGCUACAAUCACCAACGAUAAGAAGAACAGAGCAGAACAAGAACUCAGACGUGUAAAUGAAAUGAAAGCAUCGAUAGAAAACAAAUUGGCUACCUUACGUAACACUCAUGAAAACAAUGUUAAAAAAACCGAACAAAUGGAAGCACAACUCGUGGAAGCCAACAGAACGACAGAAAGUUUGAAUCAACAGUUGAGUGUGACCGAGGGAAAUUAUCAUGCUACUGAGUCAAAGCUUUCUGCACUUUCUUCCGAAUUAGAUGAAGCGCAGCAAAGGAAUGCCAAAUUGAAAGAGCAAAUAAGUGGGUUGAACACGAUGGCUGCUGGUAUGCAGACACAAUUAAGCGAAAAACAACAGGAUGUCAAACAACAAAGGUCAUUAGUUGAUGUUAACACCAAGCAAUUGGAAGUAAGCCAGCUGACUGUUGCAAACCUUGAGAGUGAAAUCCAAGGGUUAACGGAGAAGGUAGAAGUUUAUCUCACCAAACGAAAAGAAUUAAAUGAUUAUCAGAAGACGGUAGAGGAGCAACAUUCUCAACUAGAAGCUAAGUACAAAGAAUUGGAAGCCAAGAAUAAUGAUUUAAAUGCACGUACACAAGCCCUAGAUGAAAGAAAUCAAGAAGUUGAAGAACAAGAAAAGCUUUACGAGCAACAUGUUUCUCAGUUGCAAGCCAUGUUUGAAGACCUGACUAAAAGAAAAAAUACACUAGAUGCGGCUGAAGAAGAUUUGAAGCAACAGCAUAUUGAGUACGCUAGAAAUAUACAAUCGCUUACUGAAAAUCAGAUAAGGAUUGGAAUGGGUGAAAUACCUGAAGAAGCUGCCAUUUCAAAUUCGAAUAGUAGGGAGAAAGAAACAGCUAAUCAUGGAUUGAAUGAAGGGGAAGUUUCCAAAUUUGUUGAAGACAGUGUCGUAAAUUCGAAAUUAGGGCGUGGGCAGAACGAUGAGGAGGAAAGACCCGAAAGUGAGGUUUUCGAUAAAGAUGUGCCUACAACGGGAUCACAGACUGAAGCCGAUGACGAUUCUGAAGCGGCAGAUCGCAUCAAUGAAACCGAAAGAGCCGUAAAUUUAGCUGAUAGAUUUGAAGGCGACUUGAAUGAGUAUGGUAUUCCAAGAACGCAGUCCUUAACGUCUUCAGUAGCCAACAAUGCUCCUCAAUCUGUAGUAGAUGAUAUAGAAUUGCCCCAAACACUAGAGGAGGCUGCCGGUCAAAAUGUCAAUGCAAUUAAGGGUGACAGCAAGACUUAUCCUCAAAUACCAGGGCAAUGGGAUAGCUCCGUGGGUGAAAGGCAGGUUGACCAACAAUCGAAGAUGGAAACGUUGAAAAAUGAUGGUGCUCAGGACGAAAAUCCGAAUUCAUCUGGGGACAGUAUAAAGCAAUCUCCUUUGAUUGUUAGUCCGGUCCCUCAUGGAGGCGAUUUACCGGACAGCCAAGAUUUUAGGACACCAACAAAUACAGAUGAUAUUGACGAAGAGUUUCCUCCAAUAAAAGAAUUAGAUAUCCAUGAAAGUGAUUCCUCUUCUUCUGAGGAAGAGUUCGAAGAUACCAAGGAUCAUAUACCUAAUGAUAAUGCUGCCACUAUUGUCAACCCCACUGUUCCUGUGACUACCAAAGACGAAUUUGACGAUGCUUUUGCUGGACUAGAACAAGCAGCAGAUGAAGAAGAUUUCAAUUCUGCUGGUGAUGAGGACCAGAAUGAGGGCUCAAUGGAAGAAUUUGAAAAGAUUGAGCACCAAGAUUUAGACGAAGAACUGCAACACAAUGGCUUUACAGGAACAUCUCUAGGGAACGACUCAAAUGCUAAAACUCAUGCUGGUACCAUGGAAGGAUUUGCUCCCCACGUUACUACAACAGAAGAUGUAACAAAUGAUGAAUGGGAUGAAAUUUUUGCAGGUUUCGGUAAUUCAAAACAACCUACAGGUAAGACUACCUCAUCUGGUCUUGAAGUUCAACAACCAGUCGGUACGAAGCCAGGCAAGAUCAGCGCGAACUCACCUAUUAAUCGAAAGGUUGCCACAACUCCUAAAUCUUUGGCUGUAGAGGAAUUAAGCGGCAUGGGUUUUACAGAAGAGGAAGCACAUAGUGCUCUCGAAAAAUGCAAGUGGGAUUUGGAGGCCGCUACAAACUUUUUACUGGACAGCGCCUGA